CCAGUACAGAGGAAAAGAAAGGGAGAGCAGAUUCUUCAGAAAUGAGGGAAAAGUCUGCAUUCUUUCGCAAGCCCCGUUCGCGGUCUGCCGUCGGCGUGGCGUCGUCCGAAGGACACAAAAGUGAACAAUCACCACAACCCGAACAAGAAGGAAUGGCUUGGAAAGACGAGAGGAAUAGUUCCGACGCGCCCACGAGUACUAGUAAUCAAACCAUCCGGAUGAGUGACAACCAUACCGCAAUGUCGUCCGCAACGGCUGCCAAGUUGGUGGAAGAAAUGAUGAUGAAACAAAUCGAUAUCUGCACGACAACGGGUUCCAUUCUGCAAGCCUUGGAUACCAAGGGAGACAUCUACGAAACGACACAAGCCCUGCUGGUGCAACAAGAAUCCAUUGCCAAAACAUUCGCCACAAUGGUGCACAAACUCAUCGAUACUACGUCGCAACAAGAGCAGAUUAUUCGAGAGCACGAAGACCGAAGACGUACCUUGGAAGAGCACGUCCAACGCACGGCGGAAGGCUUGCGGUACCGCAGUACGCAAGUCAAGACCCUGGAGGAUCGCAUUGAAGAGCAACAGGAAGAACUCGUCAAGCUAUACAAAGAAAAUCGUCGCAAUGCGUCUCGUGCGGCGGCAAAGACCAGUGGUAGUAGUAGCAGCAACAGCAGUAGUAGCAGUACCAACAGCAGUGUCAUCACGAAAGCUACGAUACCGAACGUCAAGCCGGACGCAUCCAAACUCGUCAAGACCGCCAAGAAUGACGAGCCGGUACCCACCUCCGUGGUAGCUACCGGCAUGGCAGCGAAGGUUGUGUUGGCGAAAGUUGCGACUCCUCCUAUUCCUGCCGCAGCAAACGUGACCACCAAAAAUCUGAGAGCCGAUUUGAGCAAAAAGAAUAGCGAGCUCGAGGUCAUGAAGUCUAAACUCAACGACAGCCAAUUUCUCUUACAGGCCUACAAGGAACGAUGCGAAAAACUCGAAGCCACCAGCAAGACCGGUAAAACACGGGCCCCGAGAUCAACCUUGCCUUCCACACUCAUGGAGAAGACGGUUUCGGUUGAAAAGAAAGCUUCUGACGGCCCCACCCACAAGACAGCGAGUCCGAGAACCUCAAAGCCCGUAUCAGCCAAGGAUUCCAAAACGUCGCCGUUGGCACGUCUGGCUGGGGGGUUUCGAUCGACACGAUCGAAGAAAUCUGAGUCGGGAACGGUUCGGAACAGAACUCACACCUCUGUCAGAUCCUCACCGCUGGAUACAAGCUUAUCCUCGACAGAAGAGGAAGGAGAAUACGAUUUGGACGAAGGGGACGCUGGCUUUGACAAUGAUUCCGUAAAUUUGUCCCUGUAUUGUGUCUGA